AGCCCAUCAUGGCUGCCCCCAUCAGCGUUCCCGCCCAAAGGACGCAGCGCGCGGCGCGCGGCGCCUUGUCUUCCCCGAGUGCGCAUGCGCGGCGCGGCUGCAUGAGGAGACGGCCUCGCUCCCCACAGCCCGUCCCUGCCAUGUCGGAGCGGCUCGGCAAACCCACCUGCCUCCUCGUCGCCAGCGCUGCCGCCGCGGGGGUGUCAGCCCAGUCCUUCCUGCACUGCUUCACGCUGAGUAGCUCUGCCUUCAACCUGCAAGUCGCCACUCCCGGGGGGAAAUCAAUUGAUUUUGUGGAUGUGAAUGAGAGCAACAUGCGCUGGAUACAGGACUUCCGUAUGAAAUCGUACGCAAACCCUGCCAAGCUGGAGUCGAUCGAUGGUGCUAGAUACCACGCGCUACUGAUUCCAAACUGUCCGGGGGCUGUGACUGACCUUGCAAACAGUGGGUACCUGGCAAAGAUAUUGCAGCAUUUCUGCACGGAGAACAAGCCUAUCUGUGCAGUGGGACACGGUGUUGCAGCUUUGUGUUGUGCUACCAAUGAGGAUAAAACCUGGAUAUUUCAGGGAUACAGCCUGACAGGGCCCUCUGUGUAUGAACUAAUAAGGCAGCCUAACUUUGCCAGUUUGUCCAUUAUUGUGGAAGAUUUUGUGAAAGACUCUGGAGCUACGUUUAGCGCCAGCAAACCAGAUGCUGUUCACAUUGUGCUGGACAGGCACUUGGUGACAGGACAGAAUGAAAAUUCCACCCUUCCAGCGGUCCAGAAUCUUCUUCUUCUUUGCAAUGUCAGGUGAAUGUGUGUUAGAAGUCCUUUCCUGGCUGUGGACUAACAGGUGAUGUCAUGUUUGGAUGUGUUUCCUUCAGCAGGAAAUAAAGGAGAAGGUCUCUUUGCAAAUAGGAUGGAUGAAGAGCCAGCAGGCUAAGGACUUGCUUGUCUUUUAACUGGAUAAAACACGUUUAAAUUUCUAUCCUGGACUACGAAGUGACUGUGAUGAUGAAGUGGCAAUAUUAGGUUCUCCAUAUACAGAAUGGAGGAAGGUUGUGAAUAAGAGAAUUCAGAAGUGCAUCGCGCUUCAGAAGCAAUUAUGAAACCACCUUGCAUUUGUUACUACAUCUUUCACUGCUUCUCUCCAGACCCUUAACUUAGAGUGGUGAGGAACUCUUGUUUAAAACAAACAACAGAAAAUCAGUGGCUGUCGGUGUCGUUUACUGAGGAUGAAGACCAUGUCCUUGGCUGGUGUUAGACCAAUCGUCCGUCAUUUGUGGUUCAGGUGUAAGAACCUCCACAGUGACGUGCCCUUUCGGAGGUGUUCUUACCUUUUGGUACAUCACAAAGUACUGUCUGAAUUGAGAAUGUAUCUGUGACACUUAAAUAUACUCGGAAUGGCAUGGGAAAUGCUUAGCUGUGUGGAAUAAAGCAGAAUCAGUUGCCUGAA